AUGGCUUCAGUUAUCGUCACCAAUGUUGACCCUACCGUUUCGUCCGCCAAGGUCAAGGAGUUAUUCUCCUUUUGCGGCAAAAUCGAAGCAGUGGAGCAGAAAAAAACAGGCACUUUUGAGGUGAAAUUCCAACUGGAGAAGGCCCUCGAAACCGCUCUUUUGCUCAAUGAUGCAGAAUUGGAGUCCUCGGUCAUCAAUGUUGCCAGAGCAGACCCUCCAAGUUACGACUCGACUUCCUCAGUUGGUAAUACCGGUUUGGAUAAGAAGGUUCAAGAAGAGAAUGCUUCCGAAGACGACAUUCUGCAGGAGGACAAGCCUAAACUGGCUGUUUUGGCCCAACUUUUGGCGUCCGGAUACAAGAUCUCGGAUGAUUUGAUUGCCAAUGCCAUCAAAUUCGACCAGGAACGUGGUAUCAGCUCUCUGUUCAUGAAGUUCAUCAACGACUUGGACAACAAAUUCCUCCACACCAGCAAUCCUGAGUCGACAGCCUCAAAGAAUAUCGAGCUUGCGAACAAUGUAUUGGGUGACUUGUCCAACAAGGUGACCAGUUUUGCAUACCUGCGUGAUGUGCAAAACUACAUUGACAAGGCUGCAGCUACCCCCUCUGGACUGAGAAUCCAUCGUUUCUACAAGGAUGUGACCAAGGAGAUCAAGGAUGUCCACCUGGAGGCCAACAGAUUGUACGAGCUUAAGAAGGGACGCGAGGACAAGACCAGCACUGGUGCUGGUGCCGCUAGUUCUGGUGCCGAAGUGUCUUCUGAGACUUCCGCUGUGCCCUUGACUGAGAAGAAGGGCUUGUAA